ACUCGUAGACAAAAGGUGUUCUAAUUAGCGUUUUAGACAAUCCAUUAGUGUCUUGUUUGCAACUCCAGUCAAAUGUUUCUUUUUUUCUGUCCUACUUUGUUUGCUCUCUAAAUUUCUAAUCUCUAUCCUUUAGGAAAGGAAAAUAAAAAAUAAAAUAAAUAAAAAAGAAAGGUCCCACACCAUAGACUAGGUCUAGGAGCCCUACAAGGCAAGGGCUAAGUACAAAUACUUGCAAAACAUUGCUGAGGGGUCCAAGAAACCAACUGCCGCGUAUUGCCCCAAUUAGACAACCAACCUUGUUCUGCAUGUCACUUUGUCUAUAUAUAAAACUGUCUAUACAUACAUAGUCUCUCUCUUAUAUAUCACACCACAUUACCACCAUUGACUAGCAAAGGAUGGCCACCGGAGCUGCAGCCGGUGACGGACUUUUCCGGGGUGGAUUCGAAGGCUGCCUUUCGGGGUCCGAUAUGGGGAUCCAGAGGAGGCCGUACCACCGGAACUGCAGCUGCGCGCUGCAUAAAUCUCGCGGACAUUGCUCACAUGGAUCACGGCUUGCAAAUAUUGUAAAGUAUCCGAUCAGACGGUCGUGGAGCGAAGGCUGUCUGGCCUUGAUGGCUGCUAAUUCCGGGCACUCCUCGCCGUGUUCUUCGCCUUCCAUGGCCGCAGCAGAGGCUGGAAAGACGCAAAAAGUUGUGUGUAAUGAAGAAGAAGAAGAAGAAUUUAUUGCUUCUUGUAUGUAUAAGGUUUGAAGUUUUUGUCCCUGUUUUUUCAACUCUGUUUUGAAUAAUUAAAGUUGGAUUGAGAUUGUAAGUGUUUUUGUGACAUGUGGAUUGAAUGGGUCGUGAUUUGUUGUGUGUGUGUGUGUGGUGUGUGUAUAUGUGGUCAUGAUCGAUCAGAUGUUGUGAAAUGUUGAUUUUAUUAAAUCAAUCUGCAUUUCAAUCUGGACACAUCAAGAGUACAUGUAAUUAGAAUUCAAAAUGGAGGCUCAAUGUUCCUCUAUGAUAUAUAUCAAUUCUUCUUCUUCUA